AGCACACCCUUCACCCUUACACAAAUCAAACACGCAGGACGUGACCUGGACAAGGGUCCAGAUGGAUAUUUGCUGGUCAUGCUGCGCACUGGCGUGGCAGACAUCUACAGUAAGGACGACAUGGGCGCAUUUUUGACCAAACCGUUCUCCCUGGUGGGAAGACUGCUGUGGAAGGUGCUGUUCUCCUGGUGGGUCAAACAGAUUGAGACGCCUAGCGACGUCACAGGACUGACACCAACACAGAGUCGCCUCGUCAAGGAGUCGUGGAAGAUGUUCCUGAGUAAGAAGAGAGAGAACGGAUUCGUCAUAUUCAGGGUAUUGUUCACGGACUAUCCCGUCACAAGGAAGCUAUUCAAAGGCGUGGAACAGCUGGACCUGGACGCGCCUGGUCAGCUGGAGAGCAGCAUCACCCUGCGAGCUCACGUCACGAGGUUCAUGCACAGCUUCGACACCUACAUGGAGAGUCUGGACGACCCUGAAGACCUGAAACAACUUCUGUACGACACCGGCAAGAGUCACCUUAUACAUGACAUCAAACCAGAAUACUUUGAUGUUCUUGAAACUGUCCUGAUGAAAUCGUUGCGGAUAGUUUUUGGGAGUAAGUUAACCCCACAGCUUGAGGAGGCCUGGCAAACAGCGUACAGCCACCUCAAAGUCACUAUAAAGCAGGGUUUGGAAGAUGCCAUCCAGAAGAGAGACCAAGCAGAUACAAGUGUAGUAGUUACUGUGGAGUAAAUGUCGACAGAGCCGCCACACGUUUGAGACAAGACUAGAGGACAACUUAACAACAAUAAAUAGUCUCUCAACUUGCUGACCAUUCCAAAGAGCGGCUCAGCCCCAUUGUCAACAAUACUUUGAAAAAAUGCUCAUGGAGGCCACCUUGAAAUUGACGUCUACAGUGUUAGUAUUUGGAAUUCAAUGUACAAUGAACAAUCUUAUAUGUAUAAGAAUCUGACUGAAAGUAGAAGGUAUUUUUCAGAGUUGAAGUACUGCUGAAGUACCGCAAGAACUAAAUGUGAGGAGAUUGUCGCCCUGUUUUCUUGUUUACUUUACAAACCCACUGAAUGGUUAACCAUGUUACUAAAUGGUAUUUACACAAGUUCAGUGUUUACCAUUUUCUUUACAAUGCCAUUAAAGUAUUG